AUGCUGGACGAAAGGCAAAGAAACCUACAGAGGUACUCUUUAUAUUUGGAAAAGAAGGACCUCGUUUUUAAAGGGAAGAAAAAAAAAAACGAUCUAAAGAACAUUUUAUAUUUCCCAUCUUUGUUUUGGUUCAAUGGGCAGUUUUGUCCCCCCAUUCCCUACUUCACUUUUGACCAGCAUGAGGAAAAGGGAGGGGCAGGAGAAGUGGGGACAACACCAUACCCGGAGGAAGAAAAAAAAUCUCCAUUUAAAGUAAAAUUGGUUGAUUUCCUAACCUGUGGGGUCCACAAAAACAGUGUCAUUGUAAAGAGAGUUGUAAAAAAUGAAGUCUUGAGCGUAAGUAUGUUUAGCGACAUGAAAGUUGUGUCGUGCGUUUUUUAUGUCAACAUGGAGUAUGUACUUGGUCUGGGUCCCUUCUUUGGCACAACCAGGAAUCCAUUUUUUUUUUGUUUAUCCUUGGCUACUUUGGGGAAGGAGAGUUCUGAAACGGGGGAGACUCGGCUAGGGGCCCAUGAGGCAACAAAAGGGGGCAAGUGGCCAGACAGAGAGGCAAAAAUGGGAUCGUCUUCAGAUCCCCUUGGGAGGGAAAAAAACUCCUUACUCAGCUGCGACCUAAGAAACGCCCUGGACACGGCCCCUCCAGAGCUCCUCCUCUACAACGAAAAGAAAGAAAUACACCUCUUCAAUUAUAUAACAAACAAAUCUCGUUUAAUCACAAGGGAAAAAAUACCAGUGACGGCACUACAGUAUACCUUUUUGCACAUAAGCGAACACAACAGUCUUUACAACCAAAUGGAGACAGAUGUGUAUGAGGGGAGCAUAAGGAUUGUGGACCUCGACCAAGUGGAGAAGCAGAUUUGGAAUAAGAACCGAUACUGCUUUGAUGUUCUGCAGGGGUGGCUCAGCGGGGCUAGGGAUGGACAGGAAGCAUGUAAGGGAAUCCCCUGCGGGCAGUGUCGCGUGCACAAAAUUGUGAAGCGGAUGUUCUACGUGCUUAUAUAUGGAGACACCGAAGGAAACGUUUACUUCUUAAUCCCGGAGAAGGAAAUAAAAAUAAAAAAAAACUUCAGAAGAGGGGAAAAAAUACACCUCAUCGAGACCAACGUGAAGGCCUACUUGAACGCCGAAGGUGGUGACAGCCGCAUAACGACUGCGUUGCGAAGCAAUGUGCAUGUCUUUUUAGCCUACAGGGACUGCAUCUUGGUUUUUAAUUUGCCCUUGUAUGAACCCCUUUUCGUGGUGAACGUCGCGAAUGAGGUGAUCUUCUGCCUCAGUGCCUGUCUUAGCGAGAGCGGUGAGGUGUACUUCUCCUUCUCCACGCAGAGGUGCGUCAGAAUUGGGGAAGUCUCGCGGGGGGGCGAGGUGGUGCAUGUAGAGCUAGACGCCACCCAACUGGAUAACAUGAAAGAACAUGCUGCGGAGGGUAGCGCAAACCCAGUUCAGCACACUGGGAACCCCGUACACAACUCCAAGCAGCAAAAGAGCCACACUUGCGUGUGCUUUGGAAGGGACAACGACCUCUACAUAACAAGUGGCGACACGGGAACAAUCCACAAAUAUAAUUUGAAGCAAAAACAGAUCACUCAUAAGUAUGACCCCCGAUGUAAGAGAAUCUUUCAUUUGUCCAUCUGCACGCUGAAUGGAGAAGACUUCGCAUACGUAUACGACGCAGAGAAGUACCUUUGUCUUUUCCAAUUCAGCAACCAAAAAAACGUGUACAAAGUUUUUACCCUUUCUGUGUGGGUCUAUCAGAUUCUUUGUUUUCGAAAUAACGUCAUCUUCUCCCUUGGAAAUGAAAACGUGUACCAUCUGGAGGUCAAAAAGGACGGCGGCGGGGGGAGCAGCGGGGGGAGUGACGGCGGGAAGAUGCGCCUCGCAAAGCCGUUCUACUCCCAGCGCAUGAGCGUCUGCACGUACCUGACGAAUCAUCUACACCUACCACUCGUAGCCUUUGUAAACAAAAAACAGCAGUUCGGUUUUUUUUCCCUCAUGGAUGCUCAAAGGAGAAGUGUGACUGUCCCGCCCAUACGAGAAAAUGAAAAUGUCUUUUCUCUGUGUUGGUUUAGUUCAAGGAAGGAAUUGGAGGUGGUCGAUUUUGAUGAGGCGGGUAGUGACGAUCUGACUGUUGGAGAUCCCCUCACACUUAAUCAGUUUACACAUCAACAUAGAGGAACGAAAAAUAAAAAGAAGGACGACAAUGUCCGAAUCAAUACACACAUGGCACACCUAAUACAGAGCAACCCUUACGAUACAUACCUGGCUGUGGUGAAUGAAGACACGUUGUUCCUUUAUAACGUCCUGACCAACCAAGUGACAGAUUUAAAGAAUUAUUUGAAAAAGGCAAUGCCAGAAUUUUAUGGAAAAAAAAAUUUUCUCAAAUCUACGAUUUAUGAAAAAGUAUGUUACGUUUUUAUCUUUUCAGAAAAAAAUAUGUUUUUUAUCUUUGACCAAUAUUUCACAUGUUGCUUGCGAACCAUAAGUGUAGAUGAUCGCAUUAUCCGCUUCUACCUUCGCGAUGGGUACCUCUUUAUUCACUCCAACACGUGUAUUUAUUUUACGUCCAUAAGGAACGCGCUUUCCCUCUUUCCUGAGUUAGCCCGACAGGGAGGAGGGGCGGAUACGCAGGCUCAAAAAUUAUUCUUCACCAAGGUGGAUACGGCAGAAACGUUUAAAAUUGCUCUUUUUGAUUUUCUCUGCCUGGGGGAAGAAACGUACUUUGCUGUUUUUACCAAGCGGAAGGAGAUUCUUGUGUAUAGGAUGCGCACGCGGGCAGGCGACGACAUCGGGGGGGGCCACAACAUUGCGCAGGGACACAACAUCGCGGAGGGCGCGAGUGCGGACGGCGGUAACGAAGGGGAAGGCAAUAAACAAGGCGACGGCGGCGACGCGAGUGCGGACGCCCAGCUGGUAGCCCAGUUUCUCAGUUUUUACAAAUUCGAACACUUAAACAAAGUUGGAAGCAUCCUCAGCAUGAAGUUUUUUUACUGUUUCACCAAAAGGCGGGCGUACUUAAUUUUCGGCGGCCUGGAGCAGUUUCUCUUUUUCUGGGACUUUCUCAAGUACCCCCUCGUGCGCCGGGGAGGGGGCGACGUGAAGAGAAUCAGCGCAAUGAGCGGCUUGAGCGGUUUGCGUUAA